AUGGAAAAGCCAGAUACCGUCAACAUCGAGCAAAUUUGUGAGCAGGGCGCUGUCCUUCACAAGCUCGGCAGCGAUGAGAUGUGGCCACAGGCCGCCAUCACGGCUGUUGCUAGGGAUGGUGACGAAGAAGAAAAGACCAUGAGCAUUCGGCAAGCCAUGAAACAUUACAAGAAAGCCAUCCUUUGGAGUUUGACCAUUUCACUUUGUGUGAUUAUGGAAGGUUACGAUACCAAUCUCAUCUCAAACUUCUAUGCCUACCCAUCUUUCCAACGGAAAUAUGGCGACCAGGUCCCUGUGACUGCUCAAACUCCCACCGGUUUCUCUAUUACUGCCCCCUGGCAAUCGGGCCUGGGUCAAGGAUCUGGUGUUGGGUCUAUAUUUGGUACUAUCCUCAACGGAUGGCUAGUCGCAGCUUAUGGUCCACGAAAAGUUGUCUUCGGUACCUUGAUUGUCAUGACCUGCUUUCUCUUUAUAGUUUUCUUUGCUCAAACAAAGCCUCAACUCUUGGUUGGCGAGAUUUUACUGGGUUUCGAAUGGGGUAUUUUUGCGACUGCUGCUCCCGCCUAUGCCUCGGAGGUUCUCCCUCUUCAGUUGCGUGUUUAUUUCACAUCCUGGACCAACAUGUGUUUCAUCAUCGGACAAUUCAUCUCUGCCGGUGUGCUUCGAGGACUCGUAAAUCGCCAAGAUCAAUGGGGAUACCGAGUUCCCUUUGCUCUUCAGUGGUUUUGGCCCGUCUUCUUAAUCCCUCUCAUCUGGUUUGCGCCAGAUUCUCCUUACCAUCUCGUGCGAAAAGGCCGAUUGAAUGAGGCCGAAAAGGCUCUCCGACGACUUCAAAGCCCGGAGAUGGAUGUCAAAAAAUCUCUAGCCCAGAUUGUAUUCACAAAUAGCCUGGAAGAAAAACUUUCGGUUGGUACGAGCUACAUGGAUUGCUUCCGAGGAAUCGAACUUCGUCGCACCGAAAUUGCUCUUGUUGUAUUUGGUGGCCAGCUUGUCUGUGGUCUUUGCUUUGCCUAUGCCAGCCUUGGUGCCAACGGUAUGGCUCUAUUUGCCUGCUUCGUGAAUUGGUUCUUGAUCAUGCCAUACUUCGGUCGCCGCACAAUUUAUAUUGUUGGUAUGGCAGCCAUGGCAAUUGAGCUCUGCCUCAUUGGUAUCCUAAACGUAUGGACCGAUAAGCCGGCCGUUGCUUGGACACAGGCUGUUUUGACAUUGGUUUGGACUUUUACAUUCCAACUUUCUGCUGGCCAACUUGGAUGGGCCCUACCCGCCGAGAUCGGAUCAACUCGUCUUAGACAAAAGACUAUCUGUCUUGCUCGCAACUGCUCAAAUAUUCUAGGUGUUGUUUGUGGUAUCUUAGAAAACUACUUCAUGAAUCCAACAGCUUGGAACCUCAAGGGGUAUACAGGCUUCGUUUGGGGUGGAUGCGCGUGGAUCGUCUUCGUUUGGUCUUAUUUCCGCCUUCCUGAGACUAAAGGACGAACAUUUGAUGAGCUGGAUACCCUCUUCGCAAAGCAGAUCCCCGCUCGAGACUUUGCCACAACUGACGUUGAUGCAUUCAAUGAACAAGAAACUGCGCAGUUGGCUGAGAAAUACGCUCGCCAUUGA